GUUAACCAUGUCUUAUCUCUGCCUACCACUUGCCACCACUCAAUUUUUACAACCCCCACCCAGCCACCUAUAAAAACACAACUUCAUUUCAUUACUUGUGUGUAUAUGUAUAUAUAAUUCAACAUCAGUCUUAACAAGAGAGAGAGAGAGAGAGAGAGAAAAAGAAGAUCAAAAGGGAGAAAAGAAAAGAAGAGAAAAGCUUUUGGUUUAUGGCAAUUGCAGCUGCAAACAUGAGCAAUAACAGUAGUGAAGAUAAUAACAGAAACAACAACGAGGAAGAGGGUAGUGGAGAUCAUCAGGUGGUGGAUGACGAUGAUCACCACGAGCAAGAUAUGGUGAUGCCUGGAUUCCGUUUUCAUCCUACUGAAGAAGAACUAGUGGAAUUCUACCUUCGCCGUAAGGUUGAGGGAAAGAGAUUCAACGUUGAACUUAUCACUUUUCUUGAUCUCUAUCGCUAUGACCCUUGGGAGCUUCCUGCUUUAGCAGCAAUUGCGGAGAGAGAAUGGUUCUUCUACGUGCCAAGAGACAGAAAGUACAGAAAUGGCGAUCGCCCAAAUCGGGUUACAACUUCAUGAUAUUGGAAAGCUACAGGAGCGGACAGGAUGAUUCGGACUGAAACUUCCCGUCCAAUCGGCUUGAAGAAAACCCUAGUUUUCUACUCCGGCAAAGCCCCUAGUAUCCGUACUAGCUGGAUCAUGAACGAGUAUCGAUUGCCUCACCAUGACACUGAACUUUUUCAAUUACAGGCUGAAAUUUCUCUUUGCCGAGUUUAUAAACGAGCCGGGGUCGAAGAUCAUCCGUCUCUCCCUCGCUACCUUUCGACGACAAGAGCUUCUUCUUCGAGAUCAACAUCGUUCCAACACGAUAAAAAGUAUUCUAAUAAUUCUUCUCAUCAAUCUCAGAAAUUGAUUACUAAUACGACAAUUGAUCAAAUUGGAGAUAAUGUCUUCGCCACCACUACUCUUAACGUUCCGAAACACAGUAUUUAUCGACCAAUCGUGGUCCCGAUAAGCACUUCUCGUGGGUUAUCGUCUUCAAUCGAUGCAGGAAAUCACGAGCAUCAUGAAGUAGCUGCAACCAUGUUUCUUAACCAAUCAAAUACAGUAGUGGAUGAUCUCCAUAGACUAGUCAACUACCAGCAAUCAGCUGCUGCGGCUUCCAUGAAUCAAUUCUAUGAUGAUCAUCACCAAAAUCAUCAGCAUCAGCAUCAGCAGCAACAGCAGCAGCAGCAGCAGCAGCAGCAGCAGCAGCAGAAUUCACAAUUUCCACCAUUGAUUCCUCAGACACAAGCACUGCCGAUCACGAUGAUGCAAGGCUCAUUGGCACCGGCAACAGCCUUCUCGGACAGACUCUGGGAGUGGAAUCCAAUCCCGGAAGCCAAUAGAGACUACACCAAUCCCUUCAAGUAAUUGAUCAAUUAAAUACAUAUAUAUAUAUAUAUAUUAAUUUAGUAGUUAGAUCUGUAGUAGUUAUAUUUUUCUGCAUGGUUACUACUGAUUUUAGUUUUUGGCAGCUGCUUGUUAUCUGUCUACUCUAAUGUUGUUAACUAGCAUAUUCAAAUAUAUAU